UGCAGAUACAAUUUCUCUACUUUACUAUUUACUACUCAUUAAACUUUCUAUUGUUUGUCCAGGAUCCGAAUUGUCAAUUUCAUCCUUCAUCAGACCUUCAUAAACACAGGAGAAAACCUGAAAGAGCUGCUGAUGAAGGAUGUGUUUGAAACCAUGUUCUGCCUCCAUGAGAGAAAGAAGCAGAAACGGCUAAAGGAGAAGUGGGCUCGAUGGUCGUGUCUGUUUACAGGACAACCAGUCAACGAUGUCAAGUGUUACUUUGGAGAAAAGGUGGCUCUUUACUACUUGUGGUUGGGCUGGUACACCAAGUUGCUGGUUCCAGCUGCUGCUCUGGGUGUUGUUGUUUUCCUGUAUGGACUCGCUUUUUUCAACACCAACCCCCUCAUUAAGGAGGUGUGUCAGUCCAGUAUCAUCAUGUGUCCUCGAUGUGAUAAGAGGUGUACAGUGUGGCAGCUGUCAGACACAUGCACCUACGCUAAGGUCAGCCAUCUGUUUGACAAUGAGGGCACUGUGGCUUUUGCUAUGUUCAUGGCAAUCUGGGCCACUCUCUUCCUGGAGCUGUGGAAGAGACACAGAGCCAGACAUGUUUCUCAGUGGAAGGUCUAUGACUGGUGUGAGGAAGAGGAAGAACUGAUUCUGGAAAUAGUCAAUGAUCCACACUGUACACCGAAACAGUUCAGACACUCCUACCUGCACAGCACUCUGGUCCUCAUUCUGGUAACACUUAUGUUGAUGCUGAUCAUCGGUCUCGCUCAUGCCCUGGUGGUGUUUCGAGUGGUGGCUGCCCCCUUGAUGUCUGAGGGCAGCUGGGAGUUUUUCAAGGACCAUGCCAACACUGUGGCUGUGAUGCUGGGAGCUGUGCUACACUACCUCACCAUUCAGAUCAUGACCCGGGUAAACAGAUGGGUCUCCCUCAAGCUGUGUGACAUUGAGAAGACAAACUCAUUCGCUGCCACAGAAAGGAGCUUCACAGUCAAGAUGUUCACCUUCCAGUUCUUCACACUCUUCUCUUCACUCUUCUAUGUGGCCUUCUUCCUGGGCAGUGGUCCAGUUCAGUUUCACCACCAUAUUUGUAGCAGCGUUCCCUCUCGCCCCACUGCUGGCUCUCAUCAACAACGUCUUUGAGAUCCGCCUGGACGCCAUCAAGAUGGUCCGCCUGGAACGGCGGCUGGUUCCUAGGAAGACCAACGACAUUGGUGUGUGGACGAAGGUGUUGGAGGCCAUUGGUGUGUUGGCAGUGAUUGCUAAUGGUCUGGUCAUUGGAGUGUCAUCAGACUUCAUUCCACGCCUCGUCUAUCGUUACCGUUUUGGCCCCUGUGCUAAUGGAAGCACUCGCACACACUGCAUGCAGGGCUACAUAAAUGACACUCUGUCCACUGCCUUUGUGACACACCCAGCAGUUAAAAAAGAUUUUCUUCCAGAUCAGUUGAUCGUAAACAACACCUUUAACGUCACACAGUGCAGCUACAGAGAUUAUAGGAGUGACAAGGACUACACUCUGACUUCUCAGUUCUGGUUGGUCUUGGCUGUGCGCUUUGCCUUCGUCAUCCUAUUUGAGCAUGUUGUGGUGGUGUGUAAGUUUAUAGCAGCCUGGUUCGUCCCAAACAAUCCCAUCCAAGUGAAGAAUGAUCGGCUGCAUGACAAACUGGCUCGGCUGAAGGAGGAACUAUGCGAAAUGAAACGUAGCAAAUCAACAGAUGUCUGAUCUCCCACAGUUGACCUCAGAUCUGCUUCCACUGAUGAGUCCUGACUGGUUGAAGUGUCAAAGGGAGAGAUAGUGGAACACAAGGGUGGAUUGUUGUAGACUUUAAUGUUGUGUGGUGUUUAUGUGUAAGGUUUUUAUUGGACUUUUUACCGUCAUGUCAUUGUAACUAUAAUAUUGUAUGGUUGAUCCUAUGUAUUUCUUCAAAGAAAGCAAAUGAGCUCAACUGAGCUACGUAUUUUUAUUUUGUGGAGCCACUGGAGGUCCUUAUCAAUCAAAUUUGCACCAGUAAGCUCUGAUAAACUUCCACACGUUUGUGUCCUGAACAGGCACUGUAGCACUGUGACAAUACUGGAAAUACGUCACACAAGUAGACACUUGACAUUUACCAAAACCACAAGUGUGUAUAUUGGACAGUCCAAUAUUACUGCAUUGUAACCUGGACAAUACAUACAGGAGUUAGUGAGGGGCAUCCUUGUGGUCAGUAAACUGUUCAGUGGACCAAAAGUUCAGACAUCGUUUGUUUUUGUUUUUUGUUUUCAGAAGUUUAGUUUUAGGGGGAGUUCUAUCCUGAAACUGUUUCUGAAACUGCAUCUGUUCAUUUGUUUAGCCACUUAUUUGCAGCAGAAACAAACUAUGAAGACAAGUUUAUGUAUUGAACAUGCUGGCUAACAGUUCAGCAGUUAUGGAGCAACAUGAUAAUUUAUUUAUUGUAUUCUCUAACUGUGUCUGUUUGCUACUCAGCAGGUGUGUACAGUGGGUGUGGUGGAAGUUUGUUUAAUAAAGCAUACAAA